AUGUCGGAUCUGAGCAAGAACUUUGAGACCCUUCAGCUCCACGCGGGUGCCGAGCCGGAUCCUACGACCAAGAGCCGUGCGGUACCUAUUUAUGCAACCACUAGCUUUACUUUCAAUGACUCUGCCCAUGGGGCUAGGCUAUUCGGCCUCAAGGAAUUCGGCAACAUCUACAGCCGUAUUAUGAACCCCACGGUCGAUGUCUUCGAGAAGCGCAUCGCUGCGCUUGAGGGUGGUGUAGCAGCCCUGGCCUCCUCCUCAGGCCAGGGUGCCCAGUUCAUCGCAAUUGCGACUCUGGCCCAAGCCGGUGACAACAUCGUCUCCACCACGAACCUGUAUGGCGGCACCUACAACCAAUUCAAGGUCUUCUUCCCGCGCCUGGGCAUCAACACCAAGUUUGUCGACGGCGAGAACCCCGAGGACAUUGCUGCCGCCAUUGACGACAAGACCAAGGCUGUCUAUAUCGAGAGCAUUGGAAACCCCCGAUAUAACGUCCCAGAUAUUGAGGCCAUUGCCAAGGUUGCCCACGAGAAGGGUGUCCCUCUAGUGGUGGACAACACAUUCGGUGCUGGAGGCUACUUCAUCCGACCCAUUGACCAUGGAGCGGACAUUGUCGUCCACUCCGCCACCAAGUGGAUUGGCGGCCACGGAACAACCAUCGGCGGUGUCGUCGUUGACUCCGGCAAGUUUGACUGGGGAAAGCACGGCAAGCGCUUCCCCCAGUUCGUCGAGCCGUCGGAGGGAUACCACGGCCUCAAGUUCUGGGACACUUUUGGCCCCAUCAGCUUCAUCAUCCGCGCCAGAGUAGAGACCCUCCGAGAUCUCGGCGCCACCCUCAACCCUUUCGCCGCCCAGCAGCUGCUGCUUGGAAUUGAAACUCUGAGCUUGCGCGCAGAAAGGCAUGCCCAGAACGCUCUCGCCCUGGCCAAGUACCUCGAGAAUAGCUCCUACGUGAGCUGGGUGUCCUACCCCGGACUUGAGAGCCACCCCUUCCAUGAGAGCGCCAAGAAGUAUCUGAAGAGGGGCUUUGGUGGUGUGCUGAGCUUCGGCGUCAAGGGUGGCGGCGCUGCCGGCAGCCAGAUCGUCGACGGCUUCAAGCUGAUUUCCAACCUGGCCAACGUCGGUGACGCAAAGACCCUGGCCAUCCACCCCUGGACCACCACCCACGAACAGCUGUCUGACGAGGAGAAGAAGAGCUCAGGUGUCACUGAGGACCUUAUCCGUAUCUCUGUUGGUAUCGAGCACAUUGACGAUAUCAUUGCCGACUUUGACCAGUCGUUUAAGGCUGCUGAGGCGGCGACCACGACCGCUUAG